UGCCGGCGGCCCCCAGCUGCCACCAUGCAAGAGCUCAUCGCCAGCGUGGACCACAUCACGUUCGACCUGGAGCUGGCCGUGGAGCAGCAGCUGGGGGCACAGCCGCUCCCCUUCCCUGGCAUGGACAAAUCGGGCGCAGCUGUCUGUGAGUUUUUUUUAAAGGCGGCAUGUGGAAAAGGAGGCAUGUGCCCGUUCAGACACAUCAGUGGGGAAAAGACAGUUGUUUGUAAACACUGGCUACGAGGAUUGUGCAAAAAGGGAGACCAGUGCGAGUUCCUGCAUGAGUAUGACAUGACCAAGAUGCCUGAGUGUUACUUCUACUCCAAAUUUGGGGAAUGCAGUAACAAGGAAUGUCCAUUCUUGCACAUUGACCCGGAGUCGAAGAUCAAAGACUGUCCCUGGUAUGACAGAGGCUUCUGUAAACAUGGUCCCCUCUGCAGACAUCGGCACACUCGGAGAGUCAUUUGUGUGAAUUACCUGGUAGGAUUCUGUCCAGAGGGGCCUGCCUGUAAAUUCAUGCACCCUCGGUUUGAACUGCCAAUGGGAACCACAGAGCAACCACCACUGCCUCAGCCAACACAAACACAGCAAAAGAGGACACCCCAAGUCAUUGGAGUCAUGCAGUCUCAAAAUAACAACAGUGGGAACAGAGGACCCCGGCCGUUGGAGCAGGUCACCUGCUACAAGUGUGGUGAAAAAGGUCAUUAUGCCAACAGAUGCACCAAAGGACACCUGGCCUUUCUCAGUGGACAGUGAAGGAGCAGCAGGAGGGUGCAAGGGAGCUGUUACCACUGAGGAAAGGUUUCUGCCUAGCACAAUGUCUGAAGCUAUUAAUCAGGUUGUUUUUUUAA